CCUGGCAGCUGUUCUUAUAAACAAUGCUUUUACACUUCAGUUUUUAAAUGCAGUCUUGGUCAGAUUUUUCAGGCAGUAGAUGUUGUGAGGGGAAAAGCAUAUAUGAUCUCCCUUGCCUUUAAGGCAGGAAGUGAAGGACUGUGAAGGACGGUGAAAGCAGUCUUCAGUGACUGCCCCUUGAAUGGCUUGAUCUCCAUUUCUGCACAUUUCCAUUAGGGUCCUCCUUAAGUCCAGAGUCCACAUGCCUCCAUGAAGGGUCCUGAGCAGCUGAAAAGCUUAGAAUGCAGGUAGCAUAAACAUAGACUAAUGCAGCAAUUUGGGAACCAGAUGAUCAGGACUGUCUCCCAGAUCUAUCAUGCAUUACCUGAGGUUUUAUGGGAAUCAUAUUUUUUGACCAGAGAAACAGCUACAUCAGUAAUCGAGGAUGAACCGUAUAAGUGAUUUACAGCAUGGUUUUGAAAGUAAAUCCACAUGACUCUAGUGUAGUGAUAGACUAUGUAAAAUUAUAAUUUUGGGGUUAGUUACCAAACUAGUUAGUACAAGUAAUAAAUUAUGUGACUCCCUUAUUUCCCCCAUGCCCCCUGAACAAAUGAAUUUUCAUCUUUACAGUAUCAGCACAUUCAAAUCAGCUGGGGUCCUAAUGCACUAUCAAUAUAUUCAAAUCAGUGGGGGGCCUAAUGCACCAGCAAUACUCAGAAAAUGUAAUGCAAACUAGAACUACUGUUUCACAGUUGGAGAUGAUUUCCCAAUCUCGGGUUUGAUGCUCUUACUUUUGACCUCCUUUCCACAUCUCCUCCCUCAUCUUUUUUUGAAUGGAAGAUUUAAUCUCAUUGUUUAUUUUUUUUUCCAGGUGGUUAGGGGAAAGCAGAAACAGUUUGCCCCUAGGCUGGGUUCUUCUUAGUGACACCUCUGCCUUUCUGAGAAAGGAAGACUCCUAUCAGGAAGUGCUAUGUCAUGUCACUCCAGCUUUCUCAUAUAAAUUUCCAUUUGUUUCUCAGAUCUUAAGAAGUCAGAGUACUUGGAGCCUGGAGGUGGACUUGCCCUGCCCAGUUAGGGUCCUUUACCUCUCGCCUGCCAACCCUCUGUUUAGACUGACGGCAGGAGAUGGCACAAGACGAUUUUAGCCUUAAGGCUAAAAGUUAAGGAACUUUUGGGGAAGGCCUUAAUUGGGAUGGAGGUUAUAGGCUAUAACAUAUGAUUACAGUUUUACCGUGCUCUGCAGCCCAGGCGAAAAGUCCACACUGAGCUCUUAAAUUGGAAAUUCCAUGCACAGUUCAGUAUAAAAGCAAGCUUGACUCUUGUAGCACAAGAUAGAACUCUAGUUAGGAAAUGGAUGUGCUGAGUUUUACAUUUCUCCUGAAAGCUGAAUUCAUUCUUUAUCUUAGAGAAAACUCUAGUUUCGGGUUUGUUUAUUUUUAAUAAAAAACAACUGUUGUUUGGGUUGUGGAUGAAGGAGAUGCCAGCACUUUCAGUAAGAUGGUACUGUGGUGUAGAAUAUGGAAAAUGUCAGAAUUUAGGUCUAGGGACUAGUAUUUAGCUAUGUCUUCUUUCCAACAACUUUCUGAGAUCCAGAAAGGGGCUAAAAAGGCAUUUGAAAAUCCAAGGAGAUAAUGCCCAUCUGCACUAAAGGCACUGCACUUUGAUGAUAGAACAUCUCCAUCAUUACACAUUUUUACUUUCUAGACCUGCCAUCUGCUUGAGGGGUGGAUGGGGACCACCAAGACAUAGUAGGGCAGUGACAGCUGAUAGGAGACAAGAAACAGAUUUUUCAAAGCAGGCAAGACAAAACUCAAAGUGUAGCAGAUGAGAGACCAGCCAGGGCUGACCUUUGAAUGCCCUGAGUGACACCAUAGUGGUUAAGUUCAUAAGCGUGAUCUUGAUUCAUUACUUAGGAUCCAUUUCUUUGUAAAGCACAUGUAUGUGUGGUCCUUCUCAGACCCUCAGUCCUGGGGGACACUAUGGUACACGGAGGCUUUCUCUCAUGUUCUUUGGUCAGAGAAAUCACAAUAAAAAGAGAGUUUCUGCUUGGGUGCUGUGGAGAAAACAGAAGAGGGUUGGGGCAGGGCAGGUGUGUCCUCUCUGUGUUAGGUGAUUAGGGAAGGCUACAGAGGAAGUGGCAUGUGGGCUGAGGUCUGAUCAUGAAGAGCCAGUUGUGUGAAUAUCACUGAUGAGCAUCAAGGCCAAGGAAGCGCUAGGAACUCACAAGGCAGAGACGAGCUUGGAAAAGAACACCAAGAAGGCCAAUAAAAGAAACAGAAGGGGCUCGCUACUGUCCAGUCUUGUGAAGCUUCAUUCCAAAUGAAUUAGAAAGCCACUGGAGGGUUAUGCAGGAAAAGGAGAACGUGGUCCAAGACAAUUCCUGGGAAAGUUGAAUUCUUCUCGAGUGAGGGUUCUGACACAUCUGUACCAAUUCCAGUAGUGCCACUACGGGGUGUGGAUGACUCCUACCCGCCCCAGAAGAAGUCUUUCAUGAUGCUCAAGUACAUGCAUGACCACUACUUAGACAAGUAUGAAUGGUUUAUGAGAGCAGAUGAUGACGUGUACAUCAAAGGAGAUCGUCUGGAGAAUUUCCUGAGGAGUUUGAAUAGCAGCGAGCCCCUCUUCCUUGGGCAGACAGGCCUGGGCACCACGGAAGAAAUGGGAAAACUGGCCCUGGAGCCAGGCGAGAACUUCUGCAUGGGAGGGCCUGGCGUGAUCAUGAGCCGGGAGGUGCUUCGGAGAAUGGUGCCGCACAUUGGCAAGUGUCUCCGGGAAAUGUACACCACCCAUGAGGACGUGGAGGUGGGAAGAUGCGUCCGCAGGUUCGCAGGGGUGCAGUGCGUCUGGUCUUAUGAGAUGCAGCAACUUUUUUAUGAGAAUUAUGAACAGAACAAAAAGGGGUAUAUUAGAGAUCUCCAUAACAGUAAAAUUCACCAAGCUAUCACAUUACACCCCAACAAAAACCCACCCUACCAGUACAGGCUCCACAGCUACAUGCUCAGCCGCAAGAUAGCCGAGCUCCGCCACCGCACCAUACAGCUGCACCGUGAAAUUGUCCUGAUGAGCAAAUACAGCAACACAGAAAUUCAUAAAGAGGACAUGCAGCUGGGAAUCCCUCCCUCCUUCAUGAGGUUUCAGCCCCGCCAGCGAGAAGAGAUUCUGGAAUGGGAGUUUCUGACUGGAAAAUACUUGUAUUCAGCAGCUGACGGCCAGCCCCCUCGAAGAGGAAUGGACUCUGCUCAGAGGGAAGCCUUGGACGACAUUGUCAUGCAGGUCAUGGAGAUGAUCAACGCCAACGCCAAGACCAGAGGGCGCAUCAUUGACUUCAAGGAGAUCCAGUACGGCUACCGCCGAGUGAACCCCAUGUACGGGGCCGAGUACAUCCUGGACCUGCUGCUUCUAUAUAAAAAGCACAAAGGGAAGAAAAUGACGGUCCCUGUGAGGAGGCACGCGUAUUUACAGCAGACGUUCAGCAAGAUCCAGUUUGUGGAGCAUGAGGAGCUGGACGCACAGGAGUUGGCCAACAGAAUCAAUCAGGAAUCUGGAUCCUUGUCCUUCCUCUCCAACUCCCUCAAGAAGCUUGUCCCCUUUCAGCUCCCUGGGUCGAAGAGCGAGCACAAAGAACUCAAAGAUAAAAAGAUAAACAUACUGAUCCCUUUGUCUGGGCGUUUUGACAUGUUUGUGAGAUUUAUGGGCAACUUUGAGAAGAUGUGUCUUAUCCCCAAUCAGAACGUCAAGCUCGUGGUUCUGCUUUUCAAUUCUGACUCCAACCCUGACAAGGCCAAACAAGUUGAACUGAUGAGAGAUUACCGCAUUAAGUACCCUAAAGCUGACAUGCAGAUUUUGCCUGUGUCUGGAGAGUUUUCAAGAGCACUGGCCCUGGAAGUAGGAUCUUCCCAGUUUAACAAUGAAUCUCUGCUCUUCUUCUGCGAUGUUGAUCUCGUGUUUACUGCAGAAUUCCUUCAGCGAUGUCGAGCAAAUACAGUUCUGGGCCAACAGAUAUAUUUUCCAAUCAUCUUCAGCCAGUAUGACCCAAAGAUUGUUUAUAGUGGGAAAGUUCCCAGUGACAACCAUUUUGCCUUUACUCAGAAAACUGGCUUCUGGAGAAACUAUGGGUUUGGCAUCACAUGUAUUUAUAAGGGAGAUCUUGUUCGAGUGGGUGGCUUUGAUGUUUCCAUCCAAGGCUGGGGGCUGGAGGAUGUGGACCUUUUCAACAAGGUUGUCCAGGCAGGUUUGAAGACGUUUCGAAGCCAGGAAGUAGGAGUAGUCCACGUCCACCAUCCUGUCUUCUGUGAUCCCAAUCUUGACCCCAAACAGUACAAAAUGUGCUUGGGGUCCAAAGCAUCGACCUAUGGGUCCACACAGCAGCUGGCUGAGAUGUGGCUAGAAAAAAAUGAUCCAACUUACAGUAAAAACGGCAAUAAUAAUGGCUCAGUAAGGACAGCCUAAUAUCCAGCUUUGCUGGAAAAGACAUUUUUAAUUAUCUAAUUUAUUUUUCAAAAAUUUUUUGUAUGAUCCAGUUUUUGAAGUCCAUAUACAAGGAUAUAUUUUACAAGUGGUUUUCUUACAUAGGACUCCUUUAAGAUUGAGCUUCCUGAACAAGAAUGUGGUCAGUGUUUGCCUUUGAACCCAUCUUCUUGCUGAACAUUAUGUAGCAGACCUGCUUAACUUUGACUUGAAAGGUACCUGAUGAACAAAACUUU